ACUGAAUGCAUAAAGAACAAACAGAUAUUCUUCUUUAUAUGUUAGAUCUGGUAGCAUGUGAACAAGAUGGAUACAUUCACAUAUUCGAAUCAAAAACAAACAAAAUUGAACAUAUACAUUGUACUCCGAAAUGUUAUUGAGUUCUUGUUAAUGUAAGUUUUGAAAAGAUUUUCUUGUAGCUGUUCAAAUUUAAUCUUUCUAAUUAUUAGGAUGAUUGUUUGUUUAUUGGUACAAAUCAAAAUGAACUACAGAUUCGUUCAUUCCCAUAUGCUGAUAUUUUUCAAAGUAUUGUUCAUUUUAAUCAACCGGUAUCGACUCUUUAUAUAUCUCAAAGUUUACUUUUCAUUGGUAGACGUGAUUCUCACGUUGCCAUGAUCAAUUUGAAUGACGAUUCAAAAUCAAAGAAAUACUUUAUUGAACAUCAAGGUGCUAUUCUUGCAUUAAAUGUGCAUGAAGAAAAUAACUUGCUUGCUUUAUCAUCAAUUGAUGGUUCAGUCAGAGUAUUUUCUAUUGAUACACAAAGAUUAAUAAAAAUAUUACAGAUACUCGAUAUAUCAACUGAUAUUGAAAGUGCUAAAUCAUUUGAUCAAAUUGCUUUUGACGUAAUUGAAGACUUACUGGCUAUACCAGUGCAAAAUUCAACUUUUUUUUACGAUAUCACAAACUGGAAAAUAGAAAAAGUCUAUCAACAAUAUUCAAUGAAACAAUUCAUUAAUUUGAUUAAAUAUGCACCAAAUAAAAAUUAUUUUAUUAUUACAUAUGAUAAUCAAUUAAAUACUGUUCAUCGAAUAAAACGUUCAAUUAUAUUUCUUCUCUUCAAAAACCUCUCAAACUUAAAAACACAACAUGUUAUUAAAUGCAUUGAUGAUAAGCUAGGUGGCAAUUAUAAUACACAAAUGAUUUGUCUUGAUGAAGAUAUUAUUGCUGCUUCACAUACAACAACUGAUGUCGACGAUAAUGAGCCUCAUCCAUUAGAAACACCGAAUACUAUUCCAAAUGAAUAA